AUGGCUGCUGACCCUGCAAAGCCCCCAGAAGAGAGCCUGAUUCCCGAUUCAUCUCGCCCAUACCCUUGCGACGAAUGUACGAAAACUUUCACCAGAAAUGAGAAUUUGCGACGACAUAAGCGUGCUCGCCAUGAUCGUGCCCCGAGUUAUGAUUUUGAAUGUGAUGGCUGUCACGCUGUUUUUACCAGAAGCGACGUGUUCAAGAGGCACCGGGGUCGUUGCCGCGUUGAAGGAUCGAAUGAUCAUAUGUCUCGACCGGAAACGAGUCCGCAGCAGAGCUGCCAGGGAACUGAUGACAUGCCACCGCUUUUAACUGCGACCAAUGUCUUAACUUCCACCGAGGCGCCGGCCGCGAAUAUUAUGCCUGGGGAUCACUUUUGGGAGGGACAUAGCUCCUUUGCUACUAGUCUUUCUCGAGAUAACAUAUUGCCGUCCCCGAUGAGCCACUAUGACCUAGAAGGAUAUGUCAAAGUCUAUUUUGAGCACUUCCAUCCUUCUCUACCCUUGUUACAUCGGCCCACGUUUACUGUAUCAUCAGCACCAAAGCUAUUGCUCAAAGCUGUAGCUGUGAUAGGUAGCCUAUGUUCGACGACCAUAUGCAAUGAUGAAGAAGCUCAAGCUUGUGUACACUGGCGUCGUACCACCUGGCAAAGUGGACAACAGGAACUUCGAAAUAUGGUCUCCAAUCAAUGUGGCGAAAUACGGAAACCCUGGGUGAUGCAAGCCUGGAUACUUGACAUGAUCUAUGGGGUCUACGCAGGAGGAGAGGCAUGCCAGUUCCGGACAGCACGAGAGAUGCUACGGCAGAUUAUUGAUGCUGUACGCGAGGUCGGACUCUCUCAACAAGAGAUUGCCAUGCCAGAGUCACAGUCCUGGCUGUAUGACAUCAGUUAUCCCCACGGAGACGAACCGCGAACACUCUAUGCUCGAUGGACCUCCUAUAUAGCCGCCGAGUCCACGCGAGUGGCGCUCUAUACGUUGAUUUUCCUGGACUCACACGUAUUCGUACCCUGCAAUUCUCGGCCACUAAUGUCUUCAAUGGAACUUGCCUGGGAGCUCCCUUUCCCCACCAAACUCUGGGAGGCCAAAGACCCUGAAAUAUGGAUUCGGAGGUUCGGCGAAUAUUUCGGUGUCCCUGCUUUUACAUUCACCAACGAUCUGCUUCAACGGCCUCGCGGAUUAGCAGCGGCAUCCUUGACGAUGGCAACGCAGCAAGUCAUGACUGAAGCUCCCGGUGCCGAAUUAGCUGCUGCCCUAGAAGCAUCUCCGUUCGCAGUGUUCUGCGUUCUUGCAAAUCUCGAUACCUUGGUGCGGGACUUCACACGGUGUUACUACCAAAUGCCGCCAAGCUAUUCUGAUCCCAACCCAUUUCAUAUUCUGACUCAAAGUCAGACCAAGAGUGUUCAUAUGGCAAUACGUAAUAUUGGGAAGAUCGUGAAAGACGCGGCUACAGCGAGUGACAGCCCUGAGUUUUUUCAAUGGAGAACAAACGCACUAUUUAUUGUAUCCCUCCAGGUCAAUUUGUGUCGACCUGACCAGCUGCUGAUCGGGGGCAUCGUUGAUAAUAGCUUGGUUGCCGGCCUGGCUGCCUCGACCCAUCUUAUGAGAGGUAACUUUGUCGCGGUUCGCCGAUCUGCACCUUCGUUGGCCCCUCGUCUUGGCAGCAACGAAGGCGUAAUAGCUUUACUCAGUGAGCUUUCUGCAGCCCUCGCCAGCAUAUUUAGCGAUGGUUCGCAAAAUCUUUCUUAUGAGGCGCCCUGGGUCACAGUUACCAGCUACGGGGUUCUUCUGUGUAUCUGGGGAGCGCUCAGGUGUGCAACCACUGAGAUUCGUGACCAUUUGAACACAUUCAACGAACUCCCACGGACAUCCGAACCAUGUAUGCUGAUCUUCAACGCCCUCAUUGAAGCCACCUUGCUGUACUCUCCGGCGACGAGACGUGACCGAGAUGUUCGAGAUCCACGCUUGUGGUCUAGAGACCGUGAAGUCUUUUCUACUUUAUUAGAGCAAGGGCAGUUGUUGUUCGCAGAUCUAGUCAAGAUUUUCUGCCAGCAGCGACUUGUGUGGAGCAUCGGGCCGUCCAUGUUGGCUGUACUGAGAGAAAUUCCCGAUGCCGCUACCUGUGAUUCAGAGUAA